GUUCCAUAAAAAGGGUCAAAUCUCUCCACGACCCCUCCGCCAAAAUGUCCAAGUCUGACCCACACGUGAUGGCGACCAUCAGCAUCGCUGACACUCCCGACGACAUCGCCCUGAAGAUCCGCCGCGCUGUCACAGACUUCACCUCCGAGGUCACCUUCAACCCGAAGACACGGCCCGGCGUGUCCAACCUAGUGACGAUCCACGCCGCCAUGGCCUCCAUCAGCGUGGAGGAGGCGCUGCUGCAGGCUGAAGGCCUGGACACGGGCGCCUACAAGACGCUUGUGAGCGAGGCUGUCAUCCAGAAGCUGACGCCCAUUAGAGAGGAGUUACACAGGCUGAGGUCGGACCGGGCGCACCUGGAGGCUCUGCUGGCCCAGGGGAACCGCAGGGCCCGAGAACUAGCUGCACCUGUGCUGGCAGAGGUCCGACACCGAGUGGGUUUCUGCUGAGAGCCUGGAAAAUCACGUCACAUUAGCACUGUGGACCAUUAACGCUCGCUAAUGGGAACUUUUGUUCCAGUGCCUGCUGGGCUGUGAUGGAUUAUAACUCAUUCAGUUAGAAAAACUGCUGAAAGCAAAGUGGAACAGCCUGAGCUGUAAACUGGGUUUGGUUCCGACUGAAAGGCCACUCGUGUUUGUCCCAGAGAAAUGAAAGAGGAGGAGCUGCUCAAYGCAGAAUCACCUCUAAGCCUCGACUCUUUCUGUUCGUUUGUUCUUAAAAAUCACACCAGUUUUUAUAUUUAUAUGUGCUCUUUAACAGUUAGUCAUCUUUGUGUUCUUGUUGCUGCUUUCAACCAAACCAAGAAAACAAUAAAACCUUCUGAAAACCAGAAA